AUGAGCGCGUGGGAGCAAUGGGGCGGCAAGAAGAAGCCCCUCGUCGUCGUCGUCGAGCAAGUUGCAGGACGCCCAAGAGGCGCUGCAGAGUCUGCUGCGCUCGUCUGCCACGUCGUCCAGCGGCCUCGAGAGCGACAGCAGCGCGACAACGACGUCCGUGUUCCAAAAGACGUGGGACUCGGCGCGCGCGUUGACAAAAAUGUCGCCACGUCGUUGGGCGGACGAAAGACCGCGACGAGUCUGCGCGGACUUGGGCUCCCGACGAUGAGUUGGAACGCUCGGUUCAAGUACUUUGUAGCCAUGACGUUGCUGGGGCUGCUGUUUUUCGGCAUGGCAUUUGUCUUUCUGCCGUUGCUCGUGGUCCGUCCGUCCAAGUUUGCACUGAGUUUUACACUGGGCAGCAUGUGCUGCAUGAGCGCAGUUGCAAUGCUGAAAGGUCCGGCAGCUUAUGCUGUGGAACUGUUGCAGCCACAUCGACUGCUGCUGACUUGCGCGUACUUUGUGACGCUCGGGUGUACGCUGUACAGUUGUCUGGUGCUGGGGGACUACGUGUUCGUCGUGCUGAGUGCGGUCUUGCAGUUACUCACGCUGGGCUCGUUCGCACUGUCUGCGUUCCCCAGUGGUACAUCGAGCUUGAGAGCAUUUACGACGCUGUUUUGGAAGUCAGCGCGCGGUAUGGUCCAAGCGAUCACGCGUGUCUUGUUGAGAUGA